CCUACUGUUUUAGUCUCCCGGUUCAUCAUUGCCAUAUCGCGGAGGAUAGAAUACCAUCCAGGGUUUGCGCAGCCGAACCGAGUCCCUGCACCAGUCAUGGCGGCGCCGUUAGCCCACUUCGACGAAGACUGGCAGGAUUUCAAUGAAUUCAAGGCGGCCUCCGGGUCGCCGAACCGACUGGACCAGCUGAACUCGAACAUGGCUGAUACGGGACUGGUGGAUGAUUUCUCAGACCUCGACAGCUUCUCGGGGGAUAUAUGCAGCUUCACAUCAAUGGAGGACCUUGUCCACGACUUCGAUGAGAAGCUGACAGUUUGCUUUCGAAAUUACAACACCAAGACUGAAAACAUAGCCCCUAUUAAACCCAUCACAGAAGAUAAUUUCCUCAAAGACGACGAGGUGUGGAAUGCUCUGACCGAUAACUAUGGCAACGUGAUGCCAGUGGACUGGAAGACAUCUCACAUUCGCUCCCUGCAUCUCCCCACACUCAACCUCUGCAAGCAGGGGAAGCUGGACAACAUGCCUCUGGACCUGUCUGAUGAUGAGGAGCUGAGGGAACAGAUGGACAUGCACUCCAUCAUUGUGUCCUGCAUCAACGAUGAACCGCUCUUCACUGCCGAACAGGUGAUCGAGGAGAUUGAGGAGAUGAUGCAGGAGUCUCCAGACCCAGAGGAUGAUGAGAGCCCGUCCCAGUCAGACCUGUCCAUGCUCUCGCAAGACCUCAGCAACCUCAAACGCUCCAGCUCCAACACCAGCUAUGAGGACCGCUUGCGUCGUCUUUCGGUCUCAGAGCUGAGCGAGGCCUUGGAGGAGGUGGAGACUGCCAUCAGGCGCUACAGUGAGGAGCUGAUCCAGGCCCUGGCCCUGAGGGACGAGCUGGACUUUGAGAAGGAGGUGAAGAACAGCUUCAUCUCGCUGCUCAUCGACGUGCAGAAUCGGCAGAAGGAGCACCGCGAGCUGCUCCGCAAGAAGAAGAAGAUCAGGCCCACAGGCAGCGCUCAGAGGGCAGACAGGACACAUGUCCCUGGGACGCUCUUCACUAUGGAAGGGCUGUCCACUGUCAUUCAGAACGGCCUCCGUCAAACUUUCGGCAUCACAGGAGGGGACAAACAGUAUCUAACCACAGUUAUCCCCUAUGAGAAGAACGCUGGCUCCCCCUCUGUGGAAGACCUUCAGAUCCUCACCAAGAUUCUGCAUGCCAUGCGGGAGGACAGUGAGAAGGUACCCAGCCUCCUAACAGACUACAUUCUCAAAGUGCUGUGUCCCACAUAGACCCAGUGGAGGAGCCACCUGUUCUACAACACUCUGAACACUCAAGGCAUAAGCACUUUUCAAAAGUUUUUAGGAACUCAACUUACUGUCCCUGACCUCCAGGGGGCCCUCAUUGAUUCUGUUAGUCACUCUCACUCAGAUAUCAAUAACAUGGCAUAAGUCAUGGUAAAAUGUCUUGAAUUGUAGGAAAUGAUUCACCCCAUGGUAAAAUGGGUAGAAAUGCAAUAAUGCCUCUCUGCCCCAUGGCAAAAGUAGAAUUGCAUGAAUUUUUCUUUGAAAAUUGGUAAAUGUUCUCUCUGCCCCAUGGCAAAAUGUGUAGAACUGCAGGAAAUUAUCUUUAAAACAUGCAUUUUUCUGACCGUCGUCAAGAGGGGUCCUAUGAAACAAAUUUGCCGCUCUUAGAGCCCCCAAAAGGCUAAAGCUGGCCCUGCACUCAGGAGCUGCAGAGUUAUUGAACAUACCAAUGGAAGGAGAGUCACCCACCCCCCUAAUAAGGUGGACUCUUCCUGAUGGAGUAUUUAUUUUCUCCACGACAACUUUUCCCGCAGCCUUUUGAGAUUCACAUUUUAAUGCCUGUUUUACCUUAUAAUUUUCUCACCUUUUACGUGUAAUCUUAAAUGUUCUUUAAUGUUGUAAUCUCACAAUAGUUUUAAUGUCUUCUCUGCAUGUUAGCGGUAUUACUCUCCAUUGUCUAAAGUGACUUGCUGUAUUCAUCUCCUAUCCUCCGUUUGCACUGAUGUGAAGGAACUGGAGAUGGAAAACAAAUUCCUCUACAUUCACCUGCCUGCCUUUUCACAUCAGUAAAGAUUAGGGUGAGGAGACAAGGAGAAGAAGUCACUUGACCAUUGGGAUGCAGCUUUUCUCUGUUAAACUGGCCAAUGCCCUCUGUGUGUAUAUAUAGGAGGGAUGGGGAAAUAAGGCUUCUUGAACCAGUCUAACUACGGCGGGAUCAGUCCAAUGGGAGCUCGCCACUUUAUCAGAGAGCUAUUGGUUCAGAGCAAUUAAUGUUUGACAGACCAUGGGAUUAGUGGGGUUCAGAAGCCUUGUUUUCACCAUCUCUUAGGUUUUAUGUUUCAUAAACCCCCUGAAGGGUUGUGUUCGUCUUUGCAUGCUGCUACAUAGGAUUAGGGAGCUACAUCGGUCAAAUGUUAUAAAGCAUUGUUUGAAUACUACAAUGUGAAAUUGCACAGAUGGAAAACAUUUUUUUUAAGUGAUAACUUCUCGAAAAAGGGAAAAAUAAUGAGAAGUUAGUAAGAAGGUAACAAAGAACAAACUUGUACAGCUUUUUAUUUUUCUGUAGUUGUAGAGAGAUGAGGGACUUUUUACUGCCAGCAGUGUGUGGCCACUUAAUAUGUCAUCACCAUUGUUAUGUAAACACUAGCCGCCAACCUCUGACCCCUCCUAGGGAUGUCACAUCAUGACAUCACCCUGUAUACUUGCCUCAUACCUCCUCUAUAACGUACAGUAAGUUAAGGGUUACAGCAAUAAUAUUAGAAUGUAAAAUAAUGGUUAAAUUGCUGUGAGGUUUAUCCUGCCAUGUUGUGUUUAGAACUAAUAACUCUUUGAUGUUGUGUAAAGGUUGGGGAUCUAGUGAUGACAUGUUAUGUUAUCUUGUCUUGUCUAGUGGACGUAGCAACAGUAGUAGAUCACCAAAUCGUUGCAUGUACUUAUGUAGACAAUUUAAAGGAUGUAGGGAGGUUUCUGUACGAAAGCAGGAGAGAUUCUUCAAACAUAAAUAUUUCAAAAACCCAUUGUCUACAUCCACAACCACUAACCUUCAGCACUGUCUAUAAUAUCACCUCUGUACAAUCCUGUCAAAUCAUCAGCAGUAACUAAGCUCAGUGCACAAUAAGUACAAUAACACACAAGCCCAUCAGGUCUGGUCUAUCACUACUCUCAGGUACACCCAGAGCAUCGGUUCUACAGCAGCCAGCCUGUCCACAGAAGUACAGCAUUAUGGAUCGUGUUAGGAAGUACCUAGCUAGUACCUAGCUAAGUGGUCGUUGUAGCAUCAGCUUGCAAUAGCUCUGUACCAAGGCAGCCUGACACCUAUAGACAGCAACUAGAUAUCCCAGGUGGGCUGCUGUAAGUCAAUGGUAGUGCCAGUCCUCACUAGUAGAAGUCCGGUGUAGUUGGCGAGAAUCAUCGAGUCUAACGGAAGCUCUCUUUUCCCUGUAUCAAAGUGUAUGUUAUGAAGAGAUGUUGGGUUUUAGUUGAGGGUCUCAGAAGGCAUCUUUCUUUAGUAUGGGAAGCCAGCAAAGCCAGUAGACCUCUACGUACUGUACAGAAUCAUAUGUAACUAUCUUUCAACUGUAGCAAGCAUCAGAAGCAUUCAGAACCCCAAGCAUGUGCUGCAUGCACUUUAUUUACUUUUACUUCAAGUAAAUAAAAUGAAUGAUAAGGAUUAAGGUCACACUAAAGGGAUCCUUAGCAUUGAACCACAUUGUAAUAAUAAAGUUAAGCCGAACUGAAAUGUAUACUAGCUUGGGUGGGGUUUGGACUCUUUGAAACUGGAGUUGAGUUGAGAACUAGUAUUAUUCUGGUUGUUUUGGAGUGGCAUGGGGUUGUCACGGAGAUCAGAGAAGGUUAUUGACUCAGGCUGAAGCUCCACCCCUCGUUGCAUGGUCCCUCUAUUUUAGCAGACAUAUCAGCGUAUAUCCACUCUUUAUCUAGAGAUUUAUAUUUAUAUAGACACAAGCAACAAAUAAGGCUGCCUUUGUAAAUGCCAGAACUUUUGUAUAAUAGAAUCUACUCAUUUAUUUUUAAUGCAAUAUACUUCUUCCCCCAUUUGGGGUUUUAUGUUUACUUGUCUUGUUGUCAUGAGGUACUAAAGUACAUUAAUUUAUUCAGUAAAUGUUUGUUUUCUAACUAUAUCGACUGUAGUGGUACAAACUUUUUGUGCCAGAAUUACAUUGGAACUCAUUUCAAAUAAAAUAAUGUUUACUUUGGUGUCAUGCUA